CGCCGAUUGCUGGAAGGUGCCAUGAAGCUCUGCUUGCUAAUCGUCGGAGCUCUCGCGGCCAGCCAUGCAUUUAGCACGCCCGAGUCGGCGGCUGCGAUGACGUCCGCGCCUGCCGAGAAAACUUUCGAGGCACUCGCCUUCGUUCCGAACGCGACAGCAAUCGGCCUGGGCUUCGUCGAGUCGGCGCUCACCCAGGCCCAGGUCCACCUCGCAUUGCAGCUCGGCAACCUUCUCUCCGUCAACGUCACCGCGUUCAAGGACGCGUGGUGCGAGGCCGUCAUGCCUUUGAUGGCCUUCAACCUCACCACGUUCACAGAGGCAAUCAAAGACCACGUGCGAGGCAAGGUUAUGGCGACGUUUGGCAAAGAGGCCAUCGACGAAGAUGGCGACAUUGAAUUCGACGAGGUCAAGGAGUCCAUCAGCGCGGCGUUCCUCGAGGCCGAGCCACCUGCGCUCACCGACAACAACUCACCCACCGUGGCCGAGUACGGCGCGGAUGGGGAUGACCCACGCGACACGGCGCUCGUUCUUCCCGCGUGGACCCUGUGGGUGACCGUGACCGUACUCCCUGUCGCGCUCGCCGUCCGCGUCACGCGCGACUCGGCGAUUCGCGCUUGGGCUGACCCAGCAGCCCCAGCGCAGAUGGUCUGAGGGCCGAGGAAGGCGUUCUGCGCCCCUCUGCCGACGUGAGCUGUGGAGCUCUCAGGAGCCGGAGGAGUCUGUGCCCCUCGCGCCGCUGUAGUUGCGAGGUGUGUGAAGCUCACGCAGGUGACGUGCGUGCGAGUGUGCGGAGUGUGUCGUCUCGAUUGUGGCCAAGAACUUGACUAGUUGCAAAUACGGGUGGUGUGACGAUGAUGAAUUUUGAUGUUGUUUUGUCCGU